AUGUCUGGACGUGGCAAAGGCGGGAAGGGCUUGGGUAAAGGGGGCGCCAAGCGCCACCGCAAAGUCCUGCGGGAUAACAUUCAAGGGAUCACAAAACCUGCAAUCCGUCGCCUGGCUCGUCGCGGUGGAGUAAAGCGCAUCUCAGGUCUUAUUUAUGAGGAGACCCGCGGGGUUCUGAAAGUGUUUCUGGAGAACGUAAUUCGGGACGCGGUCACCUAUACCGAGCACGCCAAGCGCAAGACUGUCACGGCCAUGGACGUGGUGUACGCGCUCAAGCGCCAGGGACGCACUCUCUACGGAUUUGGCGGUUAAGUCGGCACCCACAAACUAAUUUUCUGUAGCAAUGCCCAAGGCCCUUUUCAGGGCCACCUAACUACUCGCUUGAAAGAGCUCGUUGCUCUGAACUGGUGUUUUCAGGUUUUUUUGUAAGGAACUUGAGUUCCGAAGUUUGUUAGAUUUUUGGGGUGCAGUUGCUUUAAUGCAGCUCAUGUUUGCUUAGGUUUGAGUGCAUCAAACGUUUACACCGUGUUGCAGUUUUAAUGCCACACGAUGGCUUUUCCAGUAUAGAGCCCUUAAGCGUCCCACAUUGUUUGAAUAGCACUUCUGAUUCUUAGGAAUUCUCGGUCUUGCAAAAUUAACCAGUGAACUUUAAGAUUUUACUAAUUUAUUAGAUUUUCCGAAAUACGGAAUUACUGUUUGACAGUAAGCUAUGAAUAGUGUUGAGGGACAAAUAUAGGUAAUGCCUUAUUGGCCUGCUCAAAUCUCACUCAAAACUUUAGUAAAUUUUAAAUAUUCAGCCCCUAGUAGGGCAACUCAAGGGACAAGGUAUAAUGAAAGAAGCUAAGACUGAACUGUAGAGAGUGAAGGCACCCAUGAGGAGGCCCAGGUGGCACAUGGGCUGUUUCUUCUCUCCCUUAAAAGCAUUUAUAUUUGGAUUAUAUAAACUGAUUACCAGGUGUUUUUUAAUCUACAAAGAAUUUGGGAUUUGUCUCCUGCCUUUUCAAAUCUAUUCCCUGGUAGUCUGUAAUAAAGCAACAACUUUAAUUCAUCUCAAGAACCCUCCGGUUUCUUUUCUCAACUAUAAUGUCAGAAACCGAGCUACAUGGACAU